UACUUCUGAGAGUGCCACGCAUGCGCAGAGCAGCCCCAGCGCACCACAUUCCCCGCUUCUCCCAGCUUCUCCUCGCAGGCGUCCCGGAGGCAGGCUGGUGAUUAACGCGUCCCAUGGUGGUCUGAAUACAUCAAAUACGAGCUUUUCUCCUUCUAAUCGUCCCGAGGAGGAACGAUCUGACCGUGAGGCUGCCUCAAACCCCCGAUCGUGCUCAAUAGAUGCUCAUUUCCUCACCAUGGCAACAGAAGAUAAGAAACCAGAGACCGACACGAAACCCCCAGUCGUUCCAUCAGCGUCUGCCAGUCAAAGCAAGUCUGCCCCCGCCAAGCCGAACUACAGCCUGAAAUUCACGCUAGCCGGCCACACCAAAGCCGUCUCCUCCGUCAAAUUCAGUCCGAGUGGAGAAUGGCUCGCCAGCUCUUCCGCUGAUAAACUCAUCAAAAUCUGGGGAGCGUACGACGGCAAGUUCGAGAAAACCAUAUCCGGACAUAAACUUGGUAUCUCUGACGUGGCCUGGUCCUCUGACUCCAACCUCCUGGUGUCCGCCUCCGACGACAAAACCCUGAAGAUCUGGGACGUCAGCUCGGGUAAAUGCUUAAAAACUCUUAAAGGUCACAGCAACUACGUCUUCUGCUGCAACUUCAACCCCCAGUCCAAUCUUAUCGUGUCAGGAUCGUUUGAUGAAAGCGUAAGGAUAUGGGAUGUGAAGACCGGGAAGUGUUUGAAAACAUUGCCGGCUCAUUCUGACCCAGUCUCAGCUGUUCACUUCAACAGAGACGGCUCCCUGAUCGUGUCCAGUAGCUACGACGGCCUUUGCCGAAUCUGGGAUACAGCAUCGGGGCAGUGUUUAAAGACACUCAUAGAUGACGACAACCCCCCCGUGUCGUUUGUGAAGUUCUCCCCCAACGGGAAAUACAUCCUGGCUGCGACACUGGACAACACGCUGAAGCUGUGGGACUACAGCAAAGGAAAGUGCUUGAAAACAUACACCGGCCACAAGAAUGAGAAGUACUGCAUAUUUGCGAACUUCUCCGUCACCGGCGGAAAGUGGAUCGUGUCCGGCUCCGAGGACAACAUGGUUUACAUCUGGAACCUGCAGACGAAGGAGAUUGUGCAGAAACUCCAGGGCCACACAGACGUCGUCAUUUCGACCGCCUGCCACCCGACAGAGAACAUCAUCGCGUCUGCGGCUCUAGAAAACGACAAAACCAUCAAGCUAUGGAGAAGCGACUGCUAAGCCCCUUUUUUUUUGAUCUUUUGGGCCAUUCAUAUAUAUUUUUUUUUCUUCUUCUGUGUUUUGUUGUAAGAAAAGAGGACUUUUUUUUUUUUCUAACAGAGAGCUCCUUCUGGAUGCAGAGGGCUUUCAGAUGAUUCAACAAGGAGAACCAAAUGAGACACGUCGACCACAUACAGUAUCGGCCGUAAAUAAAUAAAAUAAAAGCCACAUCUGAGAUAUUCCAUGCGUCUGCUAACGUGUGCCAGAUUUAGUUGUCUACCACCGGAAAGUUGGAGACUUUUUUUUAUUAUACUUUACAAACAUGUCGAUGCUCUGCUCUGGUGCUUCAGUUUUUUUUUUUUUUUACACUGCAUUAACCCCUCGAUGUCACGGCUCUGUACCAACUUUCGUGCAUUUCCGGUCUCUUAGGAUAAAUGUAAAGCUUAUUUGGCCUUUCUACGAUUACUUUGUCUUUUUUAGUCUGUCUGAGUAACUGUGUAGUGUCUUCUCAAUGACUGUGAGGUGGAGAAGUGACUUUGACAUCAAGCUUCAGGUAUUAAAAAAAAAAAGAAAGACGUCUAAGGAUCCUAUGGCUGUAUUUAUUAUUCAAGGCAUCACUAUUAGUGUUGUUUUUUGUCUUAAUGUUGAAUUCCCAGAUCUGCGUGCCAUACUAAGAUAUAUUUAAGGUUUGUGAGUCCUUUUAGGGCAACAAACUUGGAUUUAAAGGACGCUAAGAAAGCUGAAAAUGUGAUGUAUGAUGUCACCGGAAAUAGUUUGACAGCUCCAAAAAAAAUGAAGUCCCCCCCCUCCUGUCUAAUUUGAACAUUUUAAAGUUAAGGUAAACCAAAUGCAGCUAUUAUAUCUUCUAGGAUCUGUACAUAUUACAUUGACGUAUUGUGAUUUGAUGAUUUAAACUGUCUAUUUUCCUAACGGUCUCUUCUGCUUGAUUAGCUCCCUCUGUAGUUCUGCACAUGAAGCCAGCAGCAUCUGUUCUCUGUAGUUAACCUGGAUUCAUUUUUUUGUGGAAUACAUGUUUUGACAUUUGACAGCUAUAUCCUGCGACUUAAUAAACCCAGUUUUUGUACGUUUCACGUGACACGAG